GGAAAAGCGUUUGCAUUCAGAUUGCAGAACCAAGUUCCGAGGAAUAUCGCCAUUGAAAAUUUUGAAUGUUGAUACGUAUGUGAAGGGAUUUCAUUGUCGAGUGUGCUCUUCAAACGCUUUGACAUAUUUUAAAAAGAAAACAAUCUGGCGCGGAGACAAUGGCGAAAUCGCCGAGCAACAACGCCUUGAGAUUUAUGAUGCUGGUUUUUAUUCUCCUUGUUUCAAUAUUGGACCAGGGACAGGGUCUCCUUCACUAUUCUAUUCCAGAGGAAAUGGAAUAUGGUUCUACUGUUGGGAAUAUUGCUGAAAAUUUGGGAAUAAGCGUUCGAGAAUUAUCAGCUCGAAAAUGUCGCCUGGUCUCCGCUGACGGAAGGCAGUAUUUGGAGGUAAAUUUAGAGACUGGCGUCCUAUUUGUUAGCGGUCGAAUAGACAGAGAACAGAUUUGUGCAGAGAGCACUUCUUGUAAUCUUGCCUUCCAGAUAAUACUGGAAAACCCCCUCGAAAUGUACAGCAGUGAAGUGGAGAUUCUCGAUAUAAAUGAUAAUUCACCCUCUUUCCCAGAGAACGCCAUUGUCUUGGAAAUGGCCGAAUCAAUCGCACCAGGCUCCCGCUUCCCACUAGAGAGCGCCCUCGAUCCAGACGUGGGGACAAACGCGGUCAAUAAGUAUAUCAUCAGUACCAACGAGCACUUCGGUUUGGAGAUUCACGUCAGAAAGGGUGCUAUCACAACUGCAGAGUUGUUGUUAGAGAAAUCGUUGGACCGCGAACAACAGGCAACUUUCCAACUUGUACUGACAGCUGUUGACGGCGGCAACCCUCCGAGAUCUGGGACAACUCAAAUCAACAUCAGUUUGCUGGACAUCAAUGAUAACGCACCUGUGUUCGACAAUGAAGUAUACAUAGCGAGGUUGGAAGAGAAUGCACCCUUGGGAGCUUUGGUGACUAAAAUCAAAGCUGUCGACCUGGACCAAGGAACGAACGCUGAGUUAAAGUAUUCUUUCGUUAAUGUUGUCCCACGGAAGGUGCGUGAAUUGUUUAGUUUGGAUCCUGAAACUGGAGAGAUCAAAGUUCAAGAACAGCUGGAUUUUGAAGACAAGAACAGCUAUGAACUUGAUGUCCAAGCUGUGGAUAAUGGCUUACCAGCAAUAACAGGACUUUCCAAAGUGCUGAUCAAUGUGAUUGAUGUCAAUGAUAAUGCCCCAGAGAUAACAGUCACCUCCCUGUCUGACAAAGUCCCCGAGGAUGCUGCGCCCGGGACAGUGGUAGCUCUGAUUGGCGUCACUGAUCGCGAUUUUGGAGCAAACGGACAAGUUCAAUGUCAUAUUCCAUUGGAGCUUCCCUUUGAAAUUCAAUCCUCUCUGAACAACCAUUACAAAGUGACCACCACUCGUCUGUUGGAUCGGGAAACCACCCCAAUAUAUAACAUACCUGUCAUAGCCUGGGACUCCGGGACUCCUCCACUGUCAACAAAUAAAACCAUGCAGAUAUCGGUAUCUGAUGUAAAUGACAACACACCGCGAUUUUCCCAAUCUUCUUACGCCAUCUAUGUGAUGGAGAACAACGCUCCAGGCGCUUCUAUUUUCACACUGACUGCUUUCGAUCCUGAUCUGGACCAGAACUCCUAUAUUUCUUAUUCCUUCAGAAGGAAUCUGCAGGAUUACUUGGUGCCCUCUUACUUCAGCAUUAACUCGAUUAACGGCACUAUUUACGCAUUGAGCUCCUUUGACUACGAGAACGUCAAAACCUUCCAGAUCCAUGUUCAAGCCCGUGACGCUGGAGUGCCCCCGCUGAGCAGCAGCGCUACAGUGAACGUGAUCAUCCUGGAUCAAAAUGACAACGCUCCGGUAAUUGUUUCACCUUCAGCACAGAGUGGAUCAGCAGCAGUGGAGAUCUUGCCGCAGUCAGCGGCCCAAGGGUACUUGGUCACCAAGAUCAUGGCAACUGAUGCAGACUCUGGUCAGAACGCACGGCUCUCCUACCAGAUGGUUCAAGCGACCGAUCCCACUCUAUUCAGCGUGGGGCGCAAUUCAGGAGAAAUCAGAACAACGAGAAACAUUUUGGAGCUGGAUGAGACCUCACAAAGUCUGGUCGUUUUAGUGCGGGAUAAUGGACAGCCGAGCCUGUCCAGUACAACAACAAUCCUCUUGUCGAUUUUGGGCAAUGUAAGUGAGAAAAUCUCUGAACCUAGGGAUUCGUACAGUAAUCCUGGAUAUUUCACUGAUAUAAAUCUUUAUUUAAUUGUCACCUUCGGAUCAACUUCGGUACUCUUCCUCCUGACCAUCAUCUUCUUGGUUGCAUUAAAGUGUAAACAAGACGUGGGCGUUAUUCAAGUUGACGGGUGCACAGUUUGUUGUUUCAGGCCGAGGGAUUCGAAGGAAGCCUUUGCACGGAGCCCGACGCGAGGAGAUCCCUUAAGCUGUUCUGCAAGUGGUCAGACUGCACCCUUCCCGGAGAGUUAUCAUUACUCAGUUUGCUUGUCACCGGAAUCAUCCAAGAGCGAAUUUCUUUUCCUGAAACCCUACAAUCCAUCCUUGACUCAAGCGCAACGCUAAAGCACAAAGUUGUGGUAAACUCGAGGGCUUUCAUGAAAUUCCCAGAUUUACUGAAAUUCGGUGGGAAAAUUACUAAUGCCUUUCAAACGUUACUCAUCACUUGAUUCUUUUUGCAAAAAUGCUAUUAUAAACGCAGUAGUGUUUUGAAGGAAA